GGGGCCCCGGCGCGGGGACAGCCUGGGGCGGCGGCCGAACCCGCCGAGUUCAUCCGGCGCGCGCUCGAGUUCAAGAGCCAAGGGGCGCAGUGCUACAAGGACAAGAAAUUCCGCGAAGCCAUCGGCAAAUACCACCGGGCGUUGCUGGAACUGAAGGGGCUGCAGCCGGCCUCCGGGGAGCGGGAGCGGGACUCGCGCGCUGCCUCCCCGGCCGGGGUCCCCAACCCCAGCCGCCUCUCCGAGGAGCAGAGCAAGACGGUGGAAGCCAUCGAGAUCGACUGCUACAACAGCCUGGCAGCCUGCCUGCUCCAGGCUGAGCUGGUAAACUAUGAGCGAGUCAAAGAGUAUUGCCUCAAAGUGCUGAAGAAGGAAGGGGAGAACUUCAAAGCCCUUUACAGGUCUGGUGUGGCCUUCUACCACCUUGGCGACUACGACAAAGCACUCUACUACCUGAAGGAAGCGAGGACCCGACAACCAACAGACACCAACGUGAUUCGAUAUAUCCAGCUGACGGAGAUGAAGCUCAGCAGAUGCUCCCAGAGAGAGAAGGAAGCCAUGUAACUAGAACACCUCUCUCGAGCUGCACCCACACCUGACCUGGGACUUCCAGGCACCCCUGGUGGAGAUCCCACCAGGCCUUUUUCCUUCCUCCCACUUCUUCUGGUCCCCUCCUCUUCUCCUGUUGCUCCUCAACUCUUUGUCCCUCCAGUGUGAAAAGGAGAGGUACAAAUCUGGAACCUGGCAGGGUGCGCCCACAGUAGAGACAUCUUCUUCUCAGGAGGUCCAACACUGAGGAGGACCUGCAGCAACACUGGAGAGGACUCCGUGGACCUGGAAUGUUCUGGUGGUUCUGACUUUGGCAGCGCUUCCAACAGAGGCAGAACCCGACAGGUGUACGUCCCAAGAGCGACAGGCACGGAGCCCACAGACUGAACCCCCCUGCACACCCUCAUGAGGGACCACAGCAUCUCAAGGCAACGGUGACAUGUCCAGGGAUGAGACAAACACCGGAAGCAUCUGUUAAGCCAACACAGGGACUGUGAAUUUGUACACUGGAAUCCCCUCAGCCCCAGUAACCUCAGCCCCUGCCUCCCUCCCUCACUUGUUGUCUUGGCUUAUGCUUUCUUCUCUCCCUUUCAGGGAUCUGAAACUCUGCCAGGAUUUACAUGCCACUGAAGCCCACUCUCAGAGCCCUGUGGUGACACACAUACCAUUCUCCCAUACGCCCAUCCAGUAGGCAGCAGUGACGUAUUUAUAGAAGGGCAGGAAUGAACCAUGUAGGUGAUGGGGGAAGGAGAGAUCUAGACAUCUAGGUGAAAGAGUGUUGUUAUAGAUGGGGGAUUGAACUGUGGACUAAUUAAGUGUAAAUAAGAAUAAGUAAACAGGCAGCCAGGUCCUGUCAAUUCUGUUGGAAGCUGCCCAGUCCCUAACUUUCUGCCCUCCCCCAACUCUCAGUCAGAGCUACUUGUAGCCAGGCAGGGUGGGGCUUCCCCCAAAGCAAAGAGCCAUUUGUCCAGUGGUUGACGAGUUGGCUGCUGCCUUUGUGCUCUCAGAGGAGGCUGGAGGUGUGGAAACUGCCUAGGGACUUGCUUUGUGGGAACUUGUACAGCCUCUUUUUGAUGAAAUUAUCUGGACUCAAUAUCUAGCUCAUAGAAUGUGUUCAACAAACAUUUGUUGAAUGAAUAAAUUAUGACUGCAGACUGGCUCUCCUGCCUUAAAUGAAUUUCAUCCCAGCCUGGUCUCCUGAUAUCUAAGUUCUUUGCGCUCCGCCAUGUUGCUUCAGUCAAAUAAGAAACAUUUACUGAGGGUUUAUUGUUUGCCUGUCAUUGUGCAAUAUGCUGUGGAAGAGAGGAUGUAGUUCCAAUCUUCAAGGAGAUGGAAGAGUUGAGGAAUACUCAUCUGAGAUUAUGACCAAUGACACCUUUCAUUUAUACGAUGCUUUAAAUUUUCAAAGCACUUUCAUGUAUUUUUUGUGUGAUUAGUGAAAGAGAUAAUAUUGUACACCUUAUAAUACAGAUGCAAUAAUGUUAAUAGUUAGCAUUUAUUAAAUGCACUAUCCUCAGAUCUUUA